UCUCUUUCUUCGAUAUAAGUUGAACAAUUCUUUACACAGUUUUUACUUUGAUCGUUUAUCGUGUCGCAUACACAGUGCUUAAUGGAAUACUCCCGGUCUACAGUAAGCAUGUCUGCAGUACUGAAGCUCCUCGGUGUACGUGGUCCAAAACGUCUGGCGAGGGGUCGUUUCACCUACGCUCUCUUAAUCUCCCUCAUCUUCUUUGUGACCGCCAGCCUCUUCAAGUUCCAGGCCCAAGAGAUCUUUAUUACGUCAUCAUAUCUUCAGACUGACCUGAUCGAGAUGAACAUCUUGACCCAGGCACAGUCACAAGCUAUACCGCCGGUCAUAAGAUCAUCGUUGCAGUCUAACCCUGGAGGUGUCCCAGAGUCAAGGUUAGAUGGCAAGUCCGGGUCAGGUGACAAUAAAUCAGGUGACUUGCAAGGUCAUGGUCAUAGCAAGCAUGGCGAAUACCUGCCGCCUCUUGCGCCAUGGGGUCAUCAUGAUAGAACUGAUCAUGCAAAACACAGAAGACAUCACAAGCAUCAUAAACACAAGAAAUCGAAAGAGCUGCCUUUCGUCGACAUCGAUAUCAGCAAACUGCAUUUUCCUGAAACAGAGACGCUCUUGAAGUUCCAGUCAAGGAACUUUGUAUCACAUAAAACUGACAAAUCACAUUGGAGUCCCAGCCACGAUUCCGGCUUACACAAUGGAAACCACGAGAAGGAGGCGAUAUUUGUGAAGAAUGUCGUAUACCCUAGCUUGCUAGAAGCAAACAACACUGCUCCUUUUAAGGCAGGGUCGUGUUACAGACAAGUCCAUCUGUGGGCCGACGAAGGUAGGAGCUUUUCUAGGAGAGUUGGUGAUUUUCCUUGCCCGGGACUGCCAUGUGGAGUUCGUUUGGUCGUGGACAAUGACUAUGGGACACUGAAGAGCAGUGAUGCCGUGGUUCUAUUUCAUCGGACCAAGUUGGACUGGGCAGAACUGCACCGUCACAAACCGAAGGGUCAGAAGUGGAUAUUUUACACGCAAGAGAAUCCCAUCAAUACAGACAAGAACGUCAUCCCACAGAAAGAGUUCUACAACACCAGCUAUGACUACAUUAUGUCUUAUCGGUUUAGGGAAUCCCAUAUCUACGGAUCCUACGGUCGAUACAACACAGAUCAUCCUGAGAUGAAGUUUACGGCCAUGAGGAACUGGGCAUCGGACAAGACCAAACAAGUCGCCUGGGUGGCUUCCAACUGUAAACUAGUCUCCUGGGACCGUAAAGGUUUCGUGGAGGCCUUGUCCAGGUACAUCCCGGUGAGUAUGUACGGGAAGUGCGGAACGAAGCCUUGCCCAAGGGAUGAGCGGUGCAACAGGAGUAUCCGCAAGCACAAGUUUUACCUCGCUCUAGAGAACAGUCCCUGCCGCGAUUACAUCACGGAAAAGCUCUGGCGGAAUGCCUUCUUGAACAACGUCGUUCCCGUCGUCUAUGGAGCCUCGAAGGAGGACUAUGAACGCGUCCUUCCGCCCGACUCGUUCAUCCAUGUCGAGGAUUUCGACUCCAUUAAGGAGCUAGCAUCGUACCUGCGGAGGCUCAGCAAAGACGAGGGGCUCUACAACACGUAUUUCGAGUGGAAGAAGUUCGGCUGGGUGCAGCUCACCAUCGAAGAAUAUCUCCUGGAGCCGGAACAAGUAUGUGAAAACAUUGUCUCGAGGCUUCUGAGUGACGAGAGAGACAUGAGGGAAGGAACUUACCACAGGCCGAAGUUCCCGGAUUGGAAAGAGUGGUGGACAAACUCGUGCAAGUCGAGUGUCAAAUGGCCAAUCAAAUUAAAGUGAGAAAAGGCGCUUGAAGUAAAGACACCUAAAGCGGAAACGUAGUCCUCAACAAUGACGCGAAAGAUGUUUUUUAGUUCAAUGCACUGGGGAGUAAGAACUAACAUCAGUUGGUGUCCCUAGAGGAGCACAUCAUAAUGAGGUGUUAAAAUUACACCAUAGAAAUUGAACUUAUAACACCAGAGAAUGUUUAAGUAACAACGAAAGGUGUUGUCAUAACACAGAUUGGUGUUGAACUUACACCCGGACUAUACACCACAAGGAUACUCCAGGCUGAAGAUAUUCAU